GACUCCGGCGCAAUCAGUUACGACAAGAUGCCGGAACCACCGCCCCUCUCAACACGGGAGCCCACUUUGAUUCAGGACGAUAGGAUUAUCGAACUAUCGUACUUCUGUGCAAGUAGCCUAUCGGGGAUCUGAAGCAAGAGAUUUCAUAUUAAAUAGUAAACUACAGUGCUGGCACAGAGCUUCCUGCAGGAACACUGUCCCGGAGCCCCACCUGGAAGGGAGUCCGUCACAAACUCACAGCAGAUGCUGUGACAUAAGUCACGCCGGUUUCUUCCGUUCUCCAGACGAACCUUUCCAAGUCUUUCGUCACUCGUGAAACAUGCCAAUUGCCCCAAUUGUUGGAAAGCUUCGCAAGAGGCUCAUUGUCGACUUGACCGCCGGUAUUGGCCUAGGAACCGCUAGCGCUUUCGGUUAUUGGUACUGGGUCAAAGUUCCAGCAGUACGCAGGGAAGAGGCAUUCUACAUCAAGUACACGGCCGACCGGGCUGCUGCAGCUGGAGCAUCAUCUUCGUCUUAA